AUGGUUCUACAAAUAGCAAGGUCAGCAGCCAGGACUGCUCUCCGUGGUGGACCUCGGCAGUGUUCGGCACGCCACUUCUCACUUCAAGCUGGCUUAAGACAAGAAGUUCGCGAUGCAUAUAUUCUCAGUGCCUCUAGGACGCCAACAGCAAAGUUCAACGGCUCAUUCCUCACCGUGCCAGCUACAAAACUUGGUGCAGUGGCAAUCAAGUCGGCCCUUGAAAAGUCCAAGAUUCCGGCCGAUAAGGUGACCGAUGUGUAUAUGGGUAAUGUUCUACAAGGGAACGUUGGACAAGCCCCAGCACGACAGGCAGUGAUAUUUGCUGGCCUUUCAUCCAAUGUUGAGGCCAUCACCAUAAACAAGGUGUGCGCAUCUGGUUUGAAAGCCGUCAUUUUCGCGGCGCAAAAUAUUCAGCUUGGCUUGAGUGAGGUUCAGAUUGCUGGUGGCAUGGAGAACAUGUCACAAGUUCCAUACUACGUUCCGCGCGCCAGUAACUUGCCAGCUUUUGGUAAUGUGAAGAUGGAGGAUGGUCUUAUCAAGGACGGCUUGACGGAUGUGUACGACCAAUUCCACAUGGGUGUUUGCGCUGAGACGACGGCGAAGAAGUACGAAAUCACCCGUGAGCAACAAGACGAGUACGCCAUUCAAUCGUAUGAAAGGGCGCAAGCGGCGUGGAAGGACAAAGCGUUCGCUGAUGAGAUUGCGCCGGUGACUGUCAAGGGCAGAAAGGGUGACACAAUCAUUGAUACGGAUGAAGGCUACCUCGACGUCAAACUGGAUAAAGUACGAACCCUGAAGCCGGCAUUCAUUCGCGAUGGUACCGGCACAGUUACGGCCGCCAACUCUUCUACGUUGAAUGACGGUGCUAGCGCAUUGGUGCUUGGAAGCAAGGCCAUUGCCCAGGAAUAUGGAGCCGGCUCGAGGGUGCUGGCUAGGAUAUGCGGGUCAGCUGACGCUGCCAUGGAUCCCGUUGACUUCCCCAUUGCUCCUGCCAAGGCUGUUCCCAUUGCCCUGGAACGUGCCGGUAUCACGAAGGACCAAGUGGCAGUUUGGGAAUUCAAUGAAGCGUUCGCCGCUGUCAUCAAGGCAAACGAGAAGAUCCUGGGUCUUGAAAACGCAAAGGUUAACCCUCUGGGAGGUGCUAUCUCGUUGGGCCAUGCAUUGGGUAGCUCUGGAUCACGUAUCCUGACGACGCUAUUGCAUCAGCUUAAGCCGGGCGAAUAUGGUGUAGCCGCCAUCUGCAAUGGAGGUGGCGCGGCAACAGCUCUGGUGGUGCAGAGAAUCGAGAGCGUAUGA